CCUCCACAUACGGCCCAGGAUAUGGAGAUCAUUUUUGUUCUGAUUGUCUUCUGAAUCCUGACCACCCCAGCAACGCUCCACAGGACCUGUUCUUUCUCCUGAUGUCUCUGCUGGUCUCUCUUACUGGAGGGAUUCCAGACAUGGCCUGGCUCCUGCUUCUGCUGCUGCCAGCAGCAUGCCUGCAAGCUGGGAACCCAGCAGGAUACAACAGAGAAAGUAUUUAUGGACUUAAUCAGCCAACACGCAUCACUGGUGUCCUGGGCAGCUCCAUCGAGAUCCCCUUCUCCUUCUACUUCCCUGGGGAGUUGGCACCAGAUCCACAGAUGAGGAUUCUCUGGAGAUGGAAGCACUACCAUGGGGAAUUUAUCUACAACCCUUCUUCGGGUUUCAUCCAUGAGCAUUUCAAGGACCGGCUCAUCCUGAACUGGACACAGCCUCAGACAUUCGGAGUCCUCAGAAUCCUGGGCUUGAAGGAGAAGGACCAGACAGUGUACUUCUGCCGAGUUCAUCUGAAAAUGACAAAUUGCAUAGAGGGUUUUCAGUCGAUCGAUGGGACCCAACUCACCGUCACUCCUGCAGUCAGCACCCCCAUGCAGAGCCCCUCCAUCGUCACCUCUGCAGUCACCACAGCUGGACUGGAGGACACAGAGGGCCAGAGGAAUCCUUCACUUGUAAACCUGGAAGCCACGUUUGGGGUGAUGGUGACCAUGGCUGUGCUCAUAACCCCCGUCUAUGUCAUGAUGAUCUUUCUCUUAUAUAAGCAAAGUUGUGAAUGGGAAGACCAAGGAACCAGUAGCUGCUCCGUCCACGAGGCUGGGUGUCUCAGCUGCUCUACUGGGAUCUCGAAGACAGAAAUGAAUGUGUGACAGAGGCACAAAACUGUCUGUUAGUCCCCAGCUGACAGAACUCCAGGGGCCAGCAUCCCUCACCAGGGUGGUGAGUUUCCAUCAAAGUAGGAAUUGGUGGCCACACAUCCUGCAUCUCAUCCCCUUCCCUAACCAUGGCCUGGGAAUCAGAGAGCAGGGCUGCAGGCCUGUGCUGUGAUAUACCCCGUCCAUGGACAGGUGCAGAAGAGAACCCCACUUCUGCCAUGUGUGCUCUGACUUCCUUUCCUAGGAAUCCAGUGAAUUUGUCAGGCUCUGGUCCUG